AUGUCUGAGUCAAAACUCGAAGAGGCCGUAAAGCCUGUCGAGGAUGUUAAGGCAGAAGUGGAGGAGCUUCCUCCGUUAUCCGACCAUGACUUCAAGGCUUAUAACCGGAUGGCCGAACAUAUGAACUAUUUUCACGAGAAUUUCAGGAGGUCAUGGAAUCUUAUGUGGAAUGCCUGCGCAGAUAACCGCCGACCUCAGGGUAUGUCGCUCAAGCAGUUCAUCAUGCAAGGCCUGCAAUUCGCCGAACAUCUCACUGUACACCACAACAUCGAGGAGUCGUACAUCUUCCCCGUGCUGGCUAAGAAGAUGCCCGAGUUCCGUGGAGGACGCGCUGAGUUGCUGCGCCAGCACAGACAGAUCCACGCAGGCCUGGACCAUUUCGAGGAGUACCUCAAGAAGUGCAGGACUGGCGACGAGGAGUUCGAGUUGAGUGUGCUCAAGACCAAGAUGGAGCCUUGGGGCGAGGUGUUGUGGAAGCAUCUGGACCAAGAGGUUGAGACGCUGGGAGCGAACAAUAUGAGGAAAUAUUGGACCAAGGAAGAGAUUUCGAGGAUGCCCAUGUGA